CUGCACUACUAUUUUAUAUUGAAAAAACAAACAAAUACCAUGGCACCAAAUACCCCAUCGCGACCUACGUAUAUUCGCGUUAAACGUGACAAGACGAUUGUCUUUUUAUGUAUCAAGCUUGACGACACCAUCCUCAAUAUUAAAGAAAAACUAGUAACAGCCAUGUCAAUAUCAAAACCUGUGGAAGACUUGCGUUUAUAUCUCGAUACAACUUCCGAACAUCAAACACUCACUGGCCGGGUAUUAGAAGAUCAUCAAACAGCAAAAUCUGCAGAACUUGUCAACGAUGCUUUAGUUUACCUUGUGUAUUUUGAUCACAAUUUGGGUAAAUGGGAAGAUAUUCAUGUAGUAGAAUAUGAAUCCUUGGAUGAUGAAAUAGAAGAAGAUACUACGGACUUGACAGAUGAAUCUACAAAGAAGAAGGAAAAAGGAAAAGGACGUGCAUAACAUCCGGGCUUUUUUUUUGACCCAUAUCUCUCCAUAUCAUAUCAUAGUUUAGAUUAGUUUAGGUCUAUCAAUAUUAUACAAAUAAUAUAAAAUUUUGAACAAUUUUUACAAUUUU